AUGUCUUUAUUCAAGUCUGCUGCCAAAGCAUGGAGCAAAACGUUCCAGUUCGCCUUGUCACAAUGGUUCUUCAUAGUACUCGCGAUCUUUAUCAUUAUUUCCAGAUUCGCACCCAAUUUUGCACGCCAUGGCGGCCUGAUACGCGCCGAGUAUUCCAUCGGGUACGGCGCGGUUGCCAUAAUCUUUCUUCAAGGUGGCCUGAGCAUGUCGUCGAAACAACUGCUGGUCAACAUUGCCAAUUGGCGUGCACACAGCGUGGUCCUCAUUUUCUCGUUUCUCGUCUCCAGCGCCGUAGCGUUUGCGUUUUGUUACGCAGUCGCCUGCUCCAACGACAAGCAAAUUGACAACUGGUUGCUCGUCGGCAUUAUUUUGACCAUGUCAAGCCCCACCACGGUCGCGUCCAAUGUCGUGAUGACGCGUGAGGCACAAGGCAACGACGUUCUGUGUCUCUGUGAAGUGUUUAUUGGGAACGUUCUAGGUGCGUUUUUGACCCCUGCAGUGGUACAAAUGUACCUGAGCAGCCCACAUUUCGAAUUCGGUAACCCCGCUGCCGGAUCUAGUACCCGCAGAGUGUACGCAGACGUUAUGAAACAAAUUGGUCUCUCCGUUUUCGUACCGUUGUUCGUGGGCCAAGUCUUGCAAAACUUGUUCCCUGAGAAAGUGAAAUGGACCCUCCAGAAAUUCCGCCUUAACAAAGUGGGUAGUUUCUGUUUGCUGCUGAUCAUGUUUAGCUCAUUUUCAACCGCGUUUUACCAGCACGCUUUUACAAGUGUUUCUCACAUCAGCAUUGUGUUCAUCGUACUGUUUAAUGUCGGAGUCUACCUGUUUUUAACCGUCAUCUGCUUCGUGUGCGCCAGACCCUUUUUCAUUUUGAAAUUGUUCCCUAAUGAACCUACACCCGAGUCUUCCUCUGCUUACAAGAUUGCAUACAAGAUAUUCAGACCUUUUUACUACUCGCGACGCGACGCCGUGGCCAUACUGUUUUGUGGACCGGCCAAGACCGCAGCGCUUGGAGUCUCUCUAAUUUCUGCUCAAUACGGUGACAAUUUCUCGGAAUUGGGCAAAUUGCUUGUUCCCUUGGUCUUGUAUCAAUCCGAACAAGUUGUCGCGGCCAAGCUUCUCGUGCCUUUGGCGAGAAGAUGGAUUCUUCAAGACGUAUCGUCCGCACAAGAACCUACCGAGGAAACGCCUUCAAAAGACGAAAAAGACGACCAAAUGGAACUACAGGUCCAUUCCGACGCAACAAGUGCGGAAUAUACCUGUUAG